AUGGAGAGGUACAAAGUCAUCAAAAACCUUGGCGAUGGCACAUAUGGAAGUGUAAGCAAAGCUGUAAUAAAAGACACUGGUGAAAUAGUUGCUAUUAAGAAGAUGAAAAAGAAAUUUUAUAGCUGAGAGGAGUGUCUUGAGUUAAGAGAAAUCAAAGUCCUCAGAAAAAUUACACAUCCAAACAUAGUGAGACUUAAAGAAGUUAUCCGCGCUAAUGAUGAACUUCAUCUUGUGUUCGAAUACUGUGAGAAAAACAUAUAGAAAAUUUUCCUUGAAUUGCCUAUUGAGAAUUUAAAGAUAGUUUUAAAUGGAAAAAUUAUACAAAAAAGGUAAAUACAGAUGAUGAAUGAACUUUCUUCACCAAUGACAGAAUUACAGAUAAAGGAUCUUAUUUUACAAGUACUCAAUGGAUUAUCUGAGCUACAUAGGAAAGGAUUUUUUCAUAGAGAUAUGAAGCCUGAUAAUAUUUUGGUGAAUGAAGGCACAUAUAAAAUCGCUGAUUUUGGGCUGGCAAGAGAAAUCAGAUCUCAGCCUCCAUAUACAGAUUAUGUAGCUACUCGCUGAUAUAGAGCUCCAGAAAUUUUGCUUCACAGCAGAAGAUAUAAAGUUUUUCCUUAAUAUGCCCAUUAGAAAUUCCAAAUAAAUUGUCUAUAAAAAAUCUAAAGACAACUUUAUAUAAUUAUCAAGUUGAUUUAUUUGCUGUUGGCUGCAUAAUGGCAGAGCUUUAUCUUAUGAGACCUCUAUUUCCCGGUGCAAAUGAAGCUGACCAGCUUAACCGCAUAUGCUCUGUCCUAGGUACUCCUACUGACUGAGGCGAAGGCCAGAGACUUGCUGUAUUAAUGAAUUACAGUUUUCCUCAAUACGUAAAAAUUCCUUUGCAAAAUAUUAUUCCUAACGCCUCUCCAGAUGCAAUUAAUUUUAUUGAAUCUUUAUUACUGUGAGACUCAUCUUUAAGAUCAAAUGCAGAGCAGUGUUUACAGCAUCCGUUUUUUGGAAUAAUUAAAAGUCCACCAUCACCUACUAUGAGAAUGGACAGUUUAAGCCCAGUGAGGCCUGCGAAGCUUGCAAAUAAUGAAAGUCCUGUUAAUGAAAGAUCAUUUAUAAGAUUGGAAAGUAUGAGCCAGAACAAUGAUAGCAGAAUAUCUCCACUGUCAUUUGGCAGAGGAAAAACAAAUGGAGAGAACUUAAGGCAGGUUGGGGCGAAUUUAAUUUCUAGGCCUAUUGGGAACAUCGGGAAUAUUGGGAUGGGAAGACAUAGAUUUUAA